CACUAUCUUGUCUCUAACAGCUAUAGAAAGACAACAACUUUCUUCAUCAUUUCAUUCAUGCCUUUCAUUUUUUUGAGCAAUUUUUUUUUAAUCUUUUGAAUUUCUGCUAGAUAACUAUUUGUCUCUUAGUAUGAAUAAUUUGGAUAAGAACCUCUUGAAGAGUGAUGAGCUUCAUGAGUAUAUAUUGAAAACAAAUGUAUUCCCAAGGGAGCAUGAACAACUCAAAGAGUUGAGAGAAGCCACAGAAAAGCACCCAAUGGGGUUAAUGGGAGUGCCUCCAGAGGAAGGACAACUGUUAUCUAUAAUUUUAAAGACCCUAAAUGCCAAGAAUACUUUGGAGGUUGGUGUUUUCACUGGUUACUCACUCCUUACCACUGCUUUGGCUUUGCCAGAUGAUGCCAAGAUAACAGCAAUUGAUAUGGACAAAUCAUUCUAUGAGAUUGGACUACCAUUCAUUAAGAAAGCAGGAGUAGAGCACAAAAUCAACUUCAUUGAGUCUGAGGCUCAUCCAGCUCUUGAUAAGUUGAUUCAAGAGGUGAAAGAAGAUGAACUCUUUGAUUUUGCCUUUGUUGAUGCCGAUAAAAACAAUUAUAUCCAUUACCAUGAAAAAUUGUUGAAGCUAGUAAGAGUUGGAGGGAUCAUCGCAUACGAUAAUACAUUAUGGUUUGGCACAGUUGCAACUGAAGGACCAGUCGAUCCAAAAUACCCGGACUUUGUGGGCAUUUUGAGGGACGAUGUUGUCAAGCUCAACAAGUCUUUGGCUAGUGAUCCACGCAUUGAAAUUUCACAACUUGCAAUCGGAGAUGGUCUCACUAUUUGCCGACGGGUUUAUUAGUUAUAAUAUUAAUAAUAAAAAUAAAGAAAAAAAAAAGUCAGUCGGACUUAUGUUCUUGUUUCCGAAUAAAGUUGCAUGCUUGACAUGCUAUCGCAUCUGUAUGUUUAUUUUUGCAAUUAUUUAUUUUUGAAGUUCAA